AUGUUUGCAAUGCUCCUUCUGUGUGUUCUGGGCGCUGAGGCCGUGGAUCUGCUCAGGAUCGACCACACCACAGCCGCAGCGUCUCACCCUGCUCUGGACGUCCGCUGCCUGUGCUCUAGUGUCCCCAACGGGACCCUGUGUUCGUGGGCAGAGCCUCCCCAGGACACGCCCCUGCACUACAUCGCUACAUACAGUGAGAGGCUGCAGCAGAACGUGACCCGGUCGUGUCGCCUCCUUCUCUCUGGAGACCCUCUCCUUCAACACAACACUACGCCCCCAGCCUCCACUCACAAGGUCUGGACCUGUCACGUUCCUGAUGUGAAGCUGCUCACAGACUACAUCCUGAACGUGACGACGGUGUCUCCGUCCGGCAGCAGCUCUUACCUCUCCUCCUUCAUGAUGGAGGACAUCGUGAAGCCGGACCCUCCUGUGGAUGUGCGGGUCAGUUCUCCGGACCCCAGGACUCUGCUGGUGCAGUGGAGCCCCCCGCCCAGCUGGUCUCACAUCCACAUCUUCCCCCUGAAGUACCGGCUGCAGUACCAGUGGUGGAGCAGGGGCCAGCUCAGGUCCCAUCAGGUGAGUUUUGAAGGCACCAGAGCGCCCCUCAAAAGCCUGGUGGGGGGUAGGAUGUACCAGAUACAGCUGUGUGCCAAAGACGCUCUGAGCCUGGGCCACUGCAGCGACUGGAGCCCCGCGGUCAACGCCAGCCUCCCUCUGGUCUAA